AUGCGUCCUCUUACCGAAGGAGAAUCCAAGACGGUCUUCGAGAAGCUCGCCAACUACACUGGAAAAUCCCUCACGAAUUUGUUGACCGACACGGCGCCCGGCAAGGAUGGAAAGGCUUCGAGAUUUGUUUUCCGUGUUCAAGAAUCAAGAGUCUACUACGUGCGCGAGGACAUGGCAAACCUGGCCACCUCGGUAGCCAGAGACAACCUGCUGUGCCUUGGAAACUGCAUCGGCAAGUUGACCAAGACUGGCAAAUUCCGCCUUCACAUCACCGCUCUGGACAUUAUCGCUCCCCAUGCUCGCGCAAAGAUCUGGGUCAAGCCUAACGGAGAGAUGCCCUUCCUCUACGGUGGUCACAUUGUCAAGGCUCACGUUGGACGUUGGAGCGAGGACUGCCCUGAGCACCAGGGCAUUAUCGUUUACUCGAUGAACGAGUAUGUUAUGCGCCUCUGCGCCAUCUUGACCCUUACACAUGCUAACCCGUUCCAGUNNACUCCCCUCGGUUUUGGUGUCACCGCCCGCUCCUCCGCCGAAGCAAAACGUCUGGACCCUACUGGCAUUGUUGUCUUCAGACAAGCCGAUUGCGGCGAGUACCUCAGAGAGGAAGACACUCUUUUCCAGUCUUGA